GAUAUCGACCAUGAACAUGAGACUCCGGAAAAGGUAAGAUAGACGAAUGCGAAUGUAGAAACAACCAAUGCGAGAUUGUCAGACUUUGUCUACUCCAUCGUUGGAAUGUAUUUAAGAUGCUUUCUCACCUCCUUACUUUCCAUGCACAGCUUCUCUUCCUGACGACGUACUGUAUCCACUACUUCUACACUUGAUCUUUAGUGUUUCAUACACUCUCCACCGUUCCUAGUCUUUGGUACUAUUCAAGCUGCAAGAUGGCCAAUCCUCCCAGCAGCAAAUAUUUUGACUGGAAGAUGUACCGUUACGUCCCGUCCCUUGUCGGCGCAAUAAUUGCUAUGAUCAUCUUCCUUAUAAUGGCUCUAUUGCAUUUCUGGCAGUUCCUAAAGCUUCGGAACUAUAUUGUCAUCUUUGUGGUCAUAGGAGCUAUGUGCGAGGUUGGAGGGUUUGCAGCUCGAAUUGGAUCCCACUACGACAACGAAGAAUGGGCAGCAUACAUCAUUCAGGGUGUUCUACUCCUCGUUGGACCCCUAUUCUAUGCCGCGACAACUUAUAUGAUGCUCGGAAGAACCAUCCUACUCGCUGGGGGAGAAGAUGUCUCUCUCAUCAAACCAAAAUGGUACACUCGCAUCUUUGUCGCAGCAGAUGUUAGCACUCUCAUCAUUCAAGGCCUUGGUGCCAGCAUCAUGGGCACCAUGAAAUUGAAUCUCGCAAUCGCAGGCGAGAAAGUAGUCAUCGCUGGUCUCGCUCUCCAAGUCUUCACCUUCGUUGUCUUCCUCGUCGCGUCCGUCGAUUUCCAGAUCCGCAUGAAUCGCAAAGUCAACAACUACACGGCCACCGAAGAUCUCUCGAACAACUGGAGAAAGAUGCUUUGGAUUUUGUAUAGCGUCAGCACGCUCAUUCUCUUCCGCUGUACUCUUCGCUUGAUCGAGUAUGCUAUGGGUAACUCCGGCUAUCUGAUCGCGCAUGAGUGGGCGCUGUAUGCAUUUGAUGCUGUACCGAUGUUCUUGGUGUUGAUGCUGCUGCUGGUUCUGCAGCCGUCAAAGUAUGUCCCGCAAAGUGACAGCAAGAAAGAGCACGGGAGUGAUGAGGAGGUGGGAGUCGCGCAGAGUCAGUGACAGAUCUAUGCAUGUUAUGCUUAUGCAAACUUUUAAUAUUGCUAGGGAAAAGGGUAUUCUCAUAUUUCCUCAGUAGGAGUU